AUGGGUUAUCUUCAAUUUGGCAGACAUGGUGUUAGACAGAUCAUUAGAUUUAGAGAUACCAGUUAUGAUAAUGUUGUGGUGAACCCCCUCCUGUAUGCUUCCCAAGGGCUUCGUUACAAGAGGAAGCUCCAAGUCAUCCUUACAACUGACAUAGACAAGCUGGGAAAGGCAGGUGAUACUGUCAAAGUUGCCCCAGGAUAUUUUCGCAACCACCUAAUGCCCAAGCUCCUUGCUUUCCCUAACAUUGAUAAGUUUGCAUAUCUCCUCAACGAGCAGCGCAAGCUCUAUCAACCAACUGAAGAAGAAAAACAAGAAGAUGUCACUCUAGUUAAAGAGUCAAAGGAAGACACCAUAAAAGAGUAUGAAAAGGCUGCAGUACGUCUUGAUAAAGCUAAGCUGGUCUUGCGGAGGUUAAUUGAUGUUCAAAAAGCCAAGUCACGUGAAUCAAAAGAUGAUACCUUGGAGUUACGUUUUCCUGUGACAAAAGACAAUCUUGUGGCUGAGGUGGCAAGACAACUCUUUGUGAACAUUGCACCCGAUAAUCUGCACCUUCCAUCACCUUUAUCAACGGUGGGCGAAUACGAGGUGCCACUGCGUUUACCAAGGUCCAUCCCCUUGCCAGAGGGCAAGGUUAACUGGAGUUUGAAAGUUAAAAUCAGGAGUAAAUAA